UGUAAAUAAAUAAAAAAGGCCAGGUCUGUAAUCCCAGCACUUUGGGAGGCUGAGGUGGGCAGAUCACGAGGUCAAGAGAUGGAGAUCACCCUGGCUAUGGCCAACAUGGUGAAACCCCAUCUCUACUAAAAUUACGAAAAUUAGCUGGGCGCGAUGGUGCGUGCCUGUAGUUCCAGCUACUCAGGAUGCUGAAGCAGGAGAAUCGCUUGAACCUGGGAGGCGGAGGUUGCAGUGAGCCGAUAUCGCCCCACUGCACUCUGGCCUGGUGAAAAAAAAAAAGGCCGGGCACGGUGGCUGACACCCGUAAUCCCAGAACUUUGGGAGGCAGAGGCAGGCAGAUCAUGAAGUCAAGAGAUCCAGACCAUGCUGGCCAACAUGGUGAAACCCUGUCUCUAAUAAAAACACAAAAAUUAGCUGGGCGGGGUGGCGGGUGCCUGUAGUCCCAGUUACUCAGGAGGCUGAGGCAGGAGAAUCGCUUGAAUCUGGGAAGCAGAGGUUGCAGUGAGCCAAGAUCUCGCCACUGCACUCCAGCCUAGGUGACAGAGCAAGACUCUGUCUCAAACUAAAAUAUAAUAAUAAAAUAAAAUAAAACAAAAUCCAUUCCUAGCCAGGUGCAGUGGUUCACACCUGUAAUCCCAGCACUUUGGGGGGCUGAGGCAGGCCGAUCACUUGAGUCUUAAGAGUUUGAGACCAGCCUGGGCAUCGUGGCGAAAACCGUUCUCUACAGAAAAUCAGUUGAGUGUGGUAGCGUGUGCCUGUGGUCCCAGCUCCUUGGGAGGCUAAGGUGGGAGGAUUGCUUGAGCCCAGAGGUCGAGGCUGCAGUGAGCCGAGAUCUCCCCACUGCAUUCCAGCCUGAGUGGCAGAGUGAGACCCUAUCUCGAAUAGAAUAGAAUAGAAUAGAAUAGAAUAGAAUAGAAUAGAAUAGAAUAGAAUAGAAUAGAAUAGAAUAGAAUAGAAUAGAAUAAGAAUAGAAUCCAUUCCUUCUGGCAUCUCAGACCUUUCCUUAAGAUCACUUUCCUUCACCUGAAGUAUAUCCUUUGGAGGUUUCUUUAGUGAAGGUCUCUUUGAGUCAUUCCUGAAGCAUAGGGAUAGGAAAAUGUUUAAAAUAAAGGAAUAUAACAAGCAAGAUCAGGCAAAUGCUAACCAAAAGUAAAUGGGGAUCCUUUAUAUCAUUUAUAUUUAUAUUUUCAAAAUAGACUUUCAGACAAAAAGCAUUACAGUUGAGCAUCCUAGCCUGCAAAUGCAAAAUCCGAAAUGCUCAAAAUAUCAGCACUGACACGACACCACAGGUGAAAAAUACCACAAUUGACCUCAUGUGGUGGGGUCACAGUCAAAGCUUUGUUUCAGGCACAAAAUUAUUUAAAACAUUGUAUAAAAUUACCUUCAGUCUAUUAGUAUAGGGUGUAUAUGAAACAAAUGAAUUUUAUAUUUAGACUUGGGUCCUGUUCCCAAGAUAUCUCAUUAUGUAUAUGUAAAUAUUCCUAAAUAUGAAAAAAUCCAAAAUCUGAAACACUUCUGGUUCCAAGCAUUUUGGAUAAGGGGUACUCAUCCUGUAUUAGAAAGAGAAAGGAACUCUAUGUAGUAAUAAAAGGUUCAAUUCACAAGGAAAAUAUUACAGUUCUAAACCAGUAUGCAUUCUUAAAGCCUCAAAGUACAAAUUUAUAGAACUUCAUGGGAAAAGAAUCCAUCAUCAGUGUGUGAAAAUUCUGCACCAGUUUGUGUGUGUGUGUGUGUGUGUGUGCACGUGGAAAUUGAAAAGCUGAUUCCUUGCCGGGCGCGGUGGCUCACACCUGUAAUCCCAGCACUUUGGGAGGCUGAGGCGGGCAGAUCACGAGGUCAGGAGUUCAAGACCAGUCUGGCCAACAUAGUGAAACCCCAUCUUUACUAAAAAUACAAAAAAUUAGCCAGGUGUGGUGGUGUGUGCCUGUAAUCCCAGCUACUCGGGAGGCUGAGGCAGGAGAAUUGUGUGAACCAGGGAGGUGGAGGUUGCAGUGAGCUGAGAUAGUGCCACUGCACUCCAGCCUGGGCAACAGAAAGAGACUCUGUCUCAAAAAAAAACAAAAAAAAAGAAAAGAAAAAAGAAAAGCUGAUUCUAAAACGUAUAUGGAAAUGCAAAGGAUCUAGACUAGCCAUGACAAUCUUGGAAAAAGAAAGAAAAAAUUUGGGCCGGGCAUGGUGGCUCACACCUGUAAUCCCAGCACUUUGGGAGGCUGAGGCAGGUGGAUCACCUGAGGUUGGGAGUUCAAGACCAGCCUGACCAACAUGGAGAAACCCCGUCUCUACUAAAAAUACAAAAUUAGCUGGGCGUGGUGGCACAUGCCUGUAAUCCCAGCUACUCAGGAGGCUGAGGCAGGAGAAUCGCUUGAACCCGGGAGGCGGAGGUUGUGGUGAGCCAAGAUGGUGCCGUUGCACUCCAGCCUGGGCAACAACAGCAAAACUCCAUCUCAAAAAAAAAAAAAAAAAAAAAAGAAUAAAUGUGAAGGGAUUACACUACUAGAUUUUAAGAUUUCUUAUGAAACUACAGUAAUUAAGACAGUGUGGAAUCAGUGCAGGAUAGACAUAUAAACCACUGGAAUAUAAUACAGGACCCAGAAACAGACCCAGGCACAUAUUGAUUUAUGAAGGUGGCAAUGCACGGACACUAGGACAUUAGAUAAGCAUAGAGAAAAAGUGAAAGUUGACCCCUACCUCAUACCAUUACAAUAAAUUAAUUCUAGGCCAGGCACAGUGGCUCACGCCUGUAAUCCCAGCACUUUGGGAGUCCAAGGAGGGUGGAUCAGUUGAAGCCAGGAAUUUGAGACCAGCCUGGCCAACAUGGUGAACCCACGUCUCUACUAAAAAUACAAAAAUUAGCCAGGAGUUGUAGCAUGCGCCUGUUAUCCCGGCUACUCAGGAGGCUGAAGCGAGAGGAUCGUUUGUACCCAGGAAGCAGAGGUUGCAGUGAGCUGAGAUCAUGCCACUGCACUCCAGCCUGGGCAAGAGAGCAAGACUCCAUCUCAAUAAAUCAAUAAAAUACAUAAAUAAAUAAGUUCUACAUAGAUUGAAUAUCUAGUGUGAAACUUAAAAAAAUUAAGCUCCUAAAAGAUAAUAGUAGAGAAUAUCUUCAUGUCCGUGUGAAGAAGCCUUAGGAGUUAAAAAGCACUAAUCAUAAAAGAAAGAUUGAUAAAGUUGAUUAGAUUAAAUUUAAGAACUAUUUAUGAUUCCAUUAAGAGAGCAGAAAGGCUUGCCACAGAGUAAGAUAAGAUAUUUGAAAUGCAUAUGAUAAAGGCAUUGUAUCCAGAAUAUAUGAAGAAUGCCAGCAAAAUAAGAAAAAGACAUAUUAGAAAAAUAUGCAAUGGAGACCAGAAUAGGCACUUCGAGAAGACUAACAAUGAAGACUACCUUUGAAGACUGACUAACAUUGAAGAAAUGCUGAAUCUCAUUAGUAGUUGGGGAAAUUAAAACAAAACAAAACAAAACAUGAGACAUCAUGAAAUACCUACCAGAAUGGCUAAAAUAAAAGAUCAUUCUAAGUGUUGACAAGAAUGUGGAGCAACAGAAACUAGUAGGAGUGUAAAUUGACAUGACUACUUGGAGAAUGGUUUAAUAGUAUCAUUUGCUAGAAAGACAAACCUAGGACCCAACAAUUCUACUCCUAGGUGUAUACCAAAUGGAAAUAUAUGUAUUUGAGCAUUAAAAGACAUGCACAAGAAUGUUCUGGAAGCAUUCAUAAUAGCUCCAAACUGGAAACAAUCCAAACGCCCAUCCGCAGGAAAAUGGAUAGAUUAUAGUAUAUUCCUACAAUAGAAUACUAUACAGCAAUGGGAAUGAUCAAACUACAGUUGGCCGAGUGUGGUGGCUAAACAUAGGACAUUAAAUCCAAAAUCUGUGGUAGGUGCAUUCAUAUCAGUAAAUACCACCAGACCUUAAGUGACAUCUUUCCCUUCUUGAAUGAACACUCAAUAUUUUCCUAAGAAUUCCUCAUGUUUUUUCCGAUGACUGUUUAAGUCUCCUCCUCUGUGUGCUUCCUGUUUGCUUCCUAGUGUGAUAUGUUAUACCCAAAAUAAACUGAGACAUUCUUAACAAAAAUAUUUAACCUCAACCUAAUCAAGUUUCUAGACGGAGCUUCCAGCUUCUAGGAAGAUUAAAAAACAUUUUUCUUUUUUUCUUUUUAGACAGAGCCUUGCUCUGUGGCCCAGGCUGGAGUGCAGUGGGAUGAUCUCAGUUCAUUGCAACCUCUGCCUCCCGGUCUCAAGCAAUUCUCCUGCCUCAGCCUCCUGAGUAGAUGGCAUUACAGGCUUGCGCCACCACACCUAGCUAAUUUUUGUAUUUUUAGUAGAGACCAGGUUUCACCAUGUUGGCCAGGCUGGUCUCAAACUCCUGACCUCAAGCAGUCCACCCACUUCAGCCUUCCAAAGCGCUGGGAUUACAGGCACGAGCCACCGCACCCAGCCUGCAUCCUUAAAUUUUAUAUCACCUAAAAUCUGUCCAUUUUCAAUUUUGCCAUUUAUCCCAAGAAUGUCUUUUGAUGCUUUUCUUUUUAAACCAAGAUACAGUCUAGCUUUAUGCAUUGCAUUUGGUUAUUAUGUCUAUUUGGUUUCCUUUAGUUUGGAACAGUGCCUCUCACUUUUUUUUUUUUUUUCCUCGUGAGAAUGACUUUUUGAAGGGCUCAAGCCAAUUAGUUGGUAGAAAGUUCUAUGUUUUUUAGUCUUCCUAGAAGCUGGAAGUUAGGUCUAGAAACUUGAUUAGGUUGAAGUUAAAUAUUUUUCUCAAGAAUGUAUCAGUUUAUUUUGGGUACAUCAUAUCACACUAGGAAGCAAACAGGAAGCACACAGAGGAGGAGACUUAUACAGUCAUCAGAAAAAACAUGAGGAAUUCUUAUGAAAAUACUGAGUGUUCAAUCAAGAAGAGAAAGGUGUCAUUUAAGGUCUGGCGGUAUUUAUUGAUACUAAUGCACCUACCACAGAUUUUGGAUUUCAUGUCCUAUGUUUAGCAGCUGGGCAUGUUUUUCAUAGAGGAAGCUGAACAUAAUAUUGGCCUAUCCUAAAAGCUGAGAUGACAGAAAUGCCUUUGUAUAAUGUGGAGAAAGGAAUUUAAGAAGAAUUCUGGAACAAAUUACCAAAUAUGUUAUCCCUUUUCCCAACCUAUCCCUGCCUGGCAGGAUCCUGAAGACAUUCCCUUUACCAAAGUCUUGAAGCAUACUCUGUUCACAAGAGUACUGGGAUCAUUACAACAUGAUUUAGUAGGAGUUCAUAAAAUGUUGGUGAAGUGUAUUUCCUUCUUUUUUUUUUUUUUGAGAUGGAGUCUCACUCUGUCUCAGUCUGUCACCCAGACUGAAGUGCAGUAACUCACUGCACCCUCCAACUCCUGAGGCUCAAGGGAUCCUCCCACCUCAGUCUCCCAAGUAGCUGGGACUACAGGUGUGGGACUACAUGCCCAUGCCCAUGUAUUUCCUAUUUUCAGUGUAAUUGUAAUGAUUCCAACAGUAGCCUUUAAUGAUGACCCCCCAUGGAAUUUAUGGUAUUCAAAAUGGAUACCGAGAUCUUUGGAGGUGGUUAAUUGGAGAUAGGGUCCUAGAUAAAUGGCAGAUCGCUGAAGCCCUACUUGAUCUGUAUAGCCAAAAAUUUCUCCAGGUUUGGAGGCAGAUAUCAAGACAGAAAUGCAGCUCCGGAUUCUCUUGCUAGACUUAAGCUAGUUUACAGAUUCAGAGCCUAUUCAAUAAUGGAGAGGCCAUGUAUCCUGAGGAGGGAGCUUGUAAAAGUGCUGCCAGUACAGAAUGUGUAUCAUUACCGUUUUAUGGAUAAAUGUGUAUUACCAUUUUGUCUGGAUAACUGUACACUAGGGAAACUACACAAACACUUGGGCAACAAGUGGACACUGGCUGUUAGCUAUUACUAAUUCCCAGAUACCCACGGUGUCAUUGUCCCAUUGUCCCCUUCUCAGAGUUCAUAUGGGGACCAGGUAAUUAUGGAGUUUUGUUUUGUUUGUCUGUUUGUUUGUUUGAGACGGAGUCUCGCACUGUCGCCCAAGCUAGAGUGCAGUGGUGCAUUCUCGGCUCACUGCAGUCUCUGCCUCCCAGGUUCAAGUGAUUCUCCUGCCUCAACCUCCCCAGUAGCUAGGAUUACAGGUGUGUGCCACCACGCCUGGCUGAUUUUUGUAGUUUUAGUAGAGAACAGAUUUUGCCAUGUUGGCCAGGUUGGUCUCGAACUCCUGACCUUAGGUGACCCACCUGCCUUGGCCUCCCGAAGUGCUGGGAUUACAGGUAUUAGCCUCUGCACCUGGCCAUGAUGGAGUUUUUACCUAAGUCAGCUGCACCAUUGGUCCAGUGGAAACUUAAACCUCUCCUAACAUAGUUCCCCAAAUUCCUGAGCAUCUAGUCGGAAAAGAUGUUCUUAGCACGUGACAGAAUCGCCACAUUGGCUUGCUCACCUGUGAAGUAAAGCCUGUUAAGAAAGGAAUGGAUUCAGUGAGUCUUCUAUAGUUGGUAGAAAGAAAAAAUAAAAAAAGAAAGCAAUGGAGAUGAGGAAGCUCCUGCAGCUCUUCCACAUCAAAACAGUAAAUGGAUCUGGUACUGCAUCUCUAGGGGAAUUGCAGGGAUUAAAAGACUUCACAGAUGUAGUGGUGAUUGCUAUCACAUGGCCUUUUAACUUGUCAGUCUAGCUGGCGCAGAAGAUGGGGGGGUUUGGGAGAAUAACAGUAAAUUAUCCUUAACUUCAUGAAGAGAAGAUACCCAUUGCCAUUGCUGUUCCAGAAGUCAUUUCCUAUUUAAUCAAAUCAGGAUAGUGUGGGACACCUGCUAUACAGCGAUUAACAUGACAGUUUGGGUGGGGGACAGUCUAUCCUGAUAAAAAUAUCAGAAGCACUUUGCUUCCACUUGGUAGAAAAGCAGUGUGAUUUCCAUCCCCUCUGGGGAAUAUGUCAGCUCUUGGAUCUAUGCCAUAAUUCAGUCUAUGGAGGCUCUGGUUGUCUCACUAUGGUACAUUGUAUUUUCCAUAGAUGGCCACAUCAAUAUAUGUCUCAUCCUUCAUACUCAUAAUGUGACAUUGGCAUUCUUCCACUGAAACGUGGGGUCUAUUUUCUCUCCCCCGAGCAUGAGUAGACCUUUGUAACUGCCUUGGUCAAUAGAAUGCAGCAACUAUGACACUGCACGACUUCUGAGGCUAGGCUAUAAAAGGGCAGUAUGGCUUCUUCCUGCCUCUCUCUGUCCCGGGACUCUUGCCUUUUUCUUUUUUUUUUUGAGACAGAGUUUCACUCUUGUCGCCCAGGCUGAAGUGCAAUGGCACAAUCUCAGCUCACUGCAACCUCUGCCUCCAGACUUCAAGCCAUUCUCCUGCCUCAGCCUCCUAAGUAGCUGGGACUACAGGCACCUGCCACCACACCCAGCUGAUUUUUUCUUUUUCUUUUUUUAUUUUUUAGCAGAGACGAGGUUUCACCAGGCUGGUCUCGAACUCCUGACCUCAGGUGAUCCACUCACCUGCGCCUCCCAAAGUGCUGGAAUUAUAUCAUGAGCCACCGCACCCAGCCUGACUCUUGCCUUUGAACCCAGCCACCAGAUUCUAAGAGAGCCCAGACCACAAGGAGAGGUCAUGUGUGGGUGUUCUGGCCAACAGCUGUAGUAAGGCCAAGAUGGUAAUGAAUAAGCUUUCAGAUUAUUCCAGCUCUUUGCCUUCGGGUCUUCCAGCUAAGCUUCCAACAUCACGGAGCAAAGACAAGCUGUCUGCACUGUACCCUGUCUAAUUCCUGACUCAUGGAAACUGGGAGAGAUAAUAAAUGAUUAUUAUUUUAAGCAGGAAGUAAUGGGCAAUCUAUGACAUAUCGUAAUCUAUAAGGAGUCCUGUCACAUCAAUGACUGAUUUUAGGCAUGUUAGGAUAACUCCUUUAAAGUGAGGGACAAGUUGCUGAAUUUUUAUUCCUUUCUGUUAAAAAAGAAGUACAGUACGUGGUGAGUCUUUUUUGUGUGUGAAGUACAUGUGUCAUAUUCGAGUGUGUUGACUCAAACAAUUUUUUUGGACAACUGGCCUACUUCAAGUGGAGCACAGAAUAGUGGAAGUCUCUUCUUAUUUAGGCAACAGGCAGCUGUGCCCCAGCCCUUAUGAUUCAGUAAGUUAGUUGCAGAUUUGGACGCUGUAGAGACUCUUACAAGCCCCAAAGAAAGAAUCACAAAGGAGGCAACUAUGGUUUCUGAAAUUAUGCCCUCUUUGGCAAGUAACUGCUUCCCCAUCUGGCCCUGGGGAGACUGAACUGCAGAUCAUGACACUCUUGGUGCCCUGGGACCAGAGCUGCCCAUAGGAAUUGGGUGGUGAUCUGCGCGUUCCCGGGGAAACCCCAGUGUCAGCGUGGUUAGGUCUUUUCUCUGGGGCCACCUGGAGUCACUGGAGACGUUUCUUCAAAUUUGCUGCCCAGAGAGUGUAGACCUGAGUGGGAGUUCUGGAAAGGAGGUUGGGAGUCUUAAGUGUGUAAAUUUUCAUUUAUCCUCACCCCAUCCCAUCCGCCAUUUUCAGCAUAGUAACCUGUCCUCAGCUGUGCCUGGUGUCCUGCUGUUCAGAGAUUCCUCUGUGUUAUCGUCUCCGGGAACUACUGGUUCAGUCUUCUGCAGAGGAGCCAGGCUGAUGAUGCUCGCAGGGAUCGGAUACUGGGAGCCCCUGAAUGCAGCCAACGCGGCGCGCACCGGUGGGGGCGUCUGCGCUGGCGGAGCGGCUCCCCGGGAGGACGCUGGGAACCAGGCUUGGGCAGCCGCUGCGCAGGCGCACUGGGCCCCGACUGCCCGCCGCAGCGCUACGUGGGAGCGUGGCCGCGCAGUGCCGGGACCCGGCUGCAGCGGUGGGAAGGCGGGGGCGUGCCGGCCCAGCGGGGAGAAGGAACUGUUAACCUUCAAGGACGUAUCAGUGGACUUCACUCAGGAGGAGUGGGGGCAGCUGGCCCCUGCUCACCGGAAUCUGUACCGGGAGGUGAUGCUGGAGAACUAUGGGAACCUGGUCUCAGUGGCAGGAUAUCAGCUUUCCAAACCUGGCGUGAUUUCCCAGCUGGAGAAAGGAGAAGAACCAUGGCUGAUGGAGAGAGAUAUUUCAGGAGUUCCAAGUUCAGACUUGGAGAGCAAAACAAAAACCAAAGAGUCAGCCUUACAGAAUGAUAUUUCAUGGGAAGAAUUACAUUGUGGCCUAAUGAUGGAAGGAUCUACAAAAGGAAACACCAUGUAUUCCACCUUGGGAAGAAUCUCCAAAUGUAAUAAGCUAGAAAGCCAAAAAGAGAACCAAAGAAUGGAUGAAGGGCAAAUCCCCUUGAUGUGCAAGAAAACAUUCACUCAGGAGAGAGGCCAAGAAUCUAAUAGAUUUGAGAAAAGAAUUAAUGCGAAGUCAGAAGUUAUGCCAGGACCAAUAGGUCUUCCAAGAAAAAGAGAUCGUAUAUAUGACACAUCUGGAAAGAGAAGCAGAUACAACAUAGAUUUAGUUAAUCAUUCAAGGAGUUAUACAAAAAUGAAAACCUUUGAAUGUAAUAUUUGUGAAAAAAUCUUCAAACAGCUUAUUCACCUUACUGAACACAUGAGAAUUCAUACUGGGGAGAAACCUUUCAGAUGUAAGGAAUGUGGAAAAGCCUUUAGCCAAAGUUCAUCUCUUAUUCCACAUCAGAGAAUUCAUACUGGUGAGAAACCCUAUGAAUGUAAGGAGUGUGGGAAAACCUUCAGACAUCCUUCAUCGCUUACUCAACAUGUUAGAAUUCAUACUGGGGAGAAACCCUAUGAAUGUAGGGUAUGUGAGAAAGCCUUCAGCCAGAGCAUUGGACUGAUCCAGCAUUUGAGAACUCAUGUUAGAGAGAAACCUUUUACAUGCAAAGACUGUGGAAAAGCAUUUUUCCAGAUUAGACACCUUAGGCAACAUGAGAUUAUUCAUACUGGUGUGAAACCCUAUAUUUGUAAUGUAUGUAGUAAAACCUUCAGCCAUAGUACAUACCUAACUCAACACCAGAGAACUCAUACUGGAGAAAGGCCAUAUAAAUGUAAGGAAUGUGGGAGAGCCUUUAGCCAGAGAAUACAUCUUUCUAUCCAUCAGAGAGUCCAUACUGGAGUAAAACCUUAUGAAUGCAGUCAUUGUGGGAAAGCCUUUAGGCAUGAUUCAUCCUUUGCUAAACAUCAGAGAAUUCAUACUGGAGAAAAACCUUAUGAUUGUAAUGAGUGCGGAAAAGCCUUCAGCUGUAGUUCAUCCCUUAUUAGACACUGCAAAACACAUUUAAGAAAUACCUUCAGCAAUGUUGUGUGAAAUAUACUAAACAUCAAAGAAUCUAUGUUGGAGCAAAAGAUUCUAAAUCAGUGGUUCCCUGAUUUUUGGAUUUCCAAAAACAAACAUUUAAAAAAAAUGGUUUGGCACAAUGUUACCAACUCUUAAUUUUGCCGUAUUAAAAACACAACCGCCUAUUAUCAGCAUUGUUUCAGAAAAGAAAGGACAUUUUAAUAUUUUUAAUUGUGGAACAGUUCCCCCUCCUUUUUUUUUUUUUUUUUUUGAGAUGGAGUCGCUCUGUGCAGUGACUUGAUCUCAGCUCACAGCAACCUCCACCUCCCAGGCUCAAGCAAUUCUCCUGCCUUAGCCUCCUGAGUAACUGGGAUUACAGGUGCCCACCACCACACCUGGCUAAUUUUUGUAUUUUUAGUAGAGACAGGGUUUCACCAUGUUGGCCAGGCUGGUCUCGAACCAUUGACCUCGGGUGAUCCGCCCAUCUCGGCCUCCCAAAGUGCUGGGAUUACAGGUGUGAGCCACCGUGCCUGCCCUGCACCCCCCCCAAACCCCGACCCAGACCCUUUUUUAAAAGACAGUUUCAGUCUUGCCCAGGCUGGAGUGCAGUGAUGAAAUCAUAGUUCACUGCAGCCUCAAACUCCUGGGCUCAAGCAGUCUUCCUGCCUCAGCCUCCCAAGUAGCUAGGACUACAGAUGUGCCCCACUAUGUCUGGCUAAUUUAUUAUUAUUAUUAUUAUUAUUGUAGAGACAGUCUCACUGUGUUGCUGGGCUGGUCUCAAACUCCUGGCUCCAAGCAGUUCUCCCUCCUCAGUCUCUCAAUAUGCUGCGAUUACAGACAUGAGCCACCAUGUCCGGCCAGGAACAGCCUUUUAUAUUAUGUCAGCUUUAUGACAAACUUCCACAUUUGUCUUUACUUUUCUCAGUUCACUAUGUGCCAGUGAAAUUUCGUGGCAUGUUAAUGAUCUGUGGGUUGACUUUUGAGAAACACUGUUUUAAGUAUCCCUUUAAUAAAUCAGAAUAAAAUACAGUACAGCCUUUUACUCUAGCCCUUUAUAUAGCUAGAAGAGGUAGAAAUUAAAAUGUUGAUUCUCAUUUCUGAAGAAAAAAUGUUAAAGGGAGUGUUCUAGAAUUGACAGUUAACUUACUGUAUAUGAGAUACUUAUUUAUAUUUUAUGGUUUUCUGUAGAGCAAGAAUUGGCAAACUUUCUGUAAAGGGCCAGAUAGUAAAUACGUUAGGUGUUGUGGGCCAUGUGGUCCCUGUCACGACUAUUCAACUUACCCAUUUUAGUACAAAAACAGCCAGAGACAAUAUAUAAACUAGAGUAUCUGAACCUUGGCACUGCAAAUAUUUUGGACUGGAUAAUACUUUGCUACAGGAAGCUGCCCUGUGCAUCCUGGGAUGUUUAGGGGCAUCCUUGGCCUCUACCCACAAGAUGCCAGCAUUCAAUGCUGAUAGCUGUCCCUUCCCCAGUUGUGACAGCCAAAAAUGUCUCCAGACAUUGCCAGGUGUACCUGGAGGCCAAAAUUGUCCCUGGGUGAGACCCACUGGUGAAUGUGUGCAAUAGUGGUUCCCAUAAACUGCAUUUUAGCAUUUUAAAAACAGCUGUUAGGUUUCAUUUGGCUCAAGGGCUGUCAUUUUUCACUCCCCCCCACCAUAGAGUAUGUAAAAUGAUUAGAAGUGACAACAGACUAUCAUUUAGUAUCAGAUUAGUAAGUGUAUAUGCCAUAAAUUAUUUCCUUAGCAAUUCCUUUAGUAUUUUGUUGCAAUAAUUCUUUAAACACUGCAUUUGUAAUGCUGCCUUGGAGCCUAGGAGUUAUUUUUGGAGAUAUUUAUGCAGACUUCCAUCUAUAAUGAUGGGUUUUUUUAUUGUCGUUAAUCCAUAAAUAUUUUGAGACAUAUCUCUAAAAAACGAGCACUCUUCAAAAACAUAACCACAAUGCCAUUAUUAUACCUACAAAAAUUAACCACAGUUCCUUAAAACAUAAUGAUGCCUUUUUGAAGAGAGAUAUAUUGAGACUUUAUUCUGGGGAGAAACCUUUCGGAUAGCUAUAUUUAACUUUUCCUUUGCCAAGCAUACAAUGUUAGAUUUGAAAUAUGCUUUGUAUCAAGUGGAAGUGUCUCUUAAGAUCGCCCCUAGGACAACAUAUCAAGAGGCCCACCAAAGAGGACCAGAGAGAGGUGACUGCAGGAGCCAUGCUCAGGCAGGGAAAUAUGGAAAGUGGAGGAAUUGGCUCCUAAUGCUUCACUGUACUUAAUGAAAUAGAUACUCCAUCCUUACAGACAUAAUUGGAAGUGAGUCAAGUUCAACUUCUUACUGUUUUAUGUGGAAAUAGAACAAAAACAUGAGUGUUGUGUGAAUUAUCCAAAGUAAAGCUAUAAAUCCAGAAUAUAUACCAGUGUCUCUAGAAUUUUUUAUAUUACUACAUUUACUUAAAAAAAAGCUGGCCUCUAACUCUUAAGUCCUGUAUGACUUUGAUGGGCAGAAAAAGAGUGGGGGUAUACACUAUUUCUUAAAAUCGUCCUGCCAUGUUUCUAUGGUCUUAGAUUUCCCAAGAAUUUGAAUUUCUCCAAUUGCUUAUUUCCCUGAAAGACAUGACUAUGAGUUUUCUCUGUAGUUCCUGCCUCAGUGAUCUCAUACAGUCUUUGGCUUAAAAUACCAUCUCUGUUUAACAACUGCCAGAUUCGCAUCUCCAGCCCAGACCUCUCCUGAACUCCAGUCUUGUUCUAACCUUUGGAUCCAUUCACCAGCUGUUGCAGAUGCCCUAUACCCUUACGUUUUCAUCUUUGCUCAGUUGUUGCCUUCUUACUGAAGCCUAUCCUGUGUAUACUAUUUAAUACUGCAGCUGUCUACCUUCCAAAUCGAGAAAUCCCAUAUCCCUUUCACCUGCUCUAUGUUUUUCAUAUCACCUAUCACCUUCUAACACCCUAGAUACUUCACAUAUUUGUGUUUAUUGUUUACUGUUGUUUCUCCCGGCUAUAAUGUAAGCUCCAUGGGCGCAGGGGCCUUUGUUUUGUUCACUGAUGUAUCACAAGUGCCUAAAACAGUGCCUGGCACACAGAAGGGACUCAAUAAAUAUGUAUUGAAUGGUUUUGAUUUGAACUGAAUUGAACUAUAUCCAUGAUGAAAAUAAAUGUUAUCCAUAUACUUUCCUACCUACA